GGUAGCGGAGAGUGACAUUGUGGCGGGUUGAAGGGCUCCGCCGGUGGCAGCCAGGAUGGCGGGGUCUCUGUGGCGGAUGGGCGGCGGGUUGCGCUUGGCCGCCCGGGUCCUACGUGCCCAAAGCGGUUCUGGCGCGACUACGGGAGUCCGGCGUGCAAGUGGAGAGGCGCAUGUCUUCAAGUACCGCCACUAUGUAGAGCCUCCGCCGUCCCAUCAGAUAAAGGGGGAAGUGCUCAGUGCGCUCAUGUGGUUCUGGAUCCUGUGGAACUUCUGGCAUGAUCCUGAUAUUGUGCUGGGUCACUUUCCUUAUCCAGAUGCUUCUCAGUGGACAGAUGAAGAGCUGGGAAUCCCUCCUGAUGAUGAAGAAUAACUUGAAUAG